AUGGUACCCAGUGAUGUCUGGUGGUACCUGGUGAUGGCCGGUGCCCACGUGGAGAACGAGGAGCAGUACAGCGAAGCCCUGGAGAACUUCGGCAACAACCACCUCUCCCAGAACAACCACGAGCUCUCCACCGGCUUCCUCAACCUGGCCGUCUUCACCCGCGAGGUCACCGCGCUCUUCAAGAACCUGGUGCAAAACCUGAAUAACAUCGUCUCCUUCCCCCUGGACAGCCUGCUGAAGGGGCAGCUGAAGGAUGGCCGCCUGGACUCCAAGAAGCAGAUCGAAAAGGCCUGGAAGGAUUACGAGACCAAAGUGGGGAAGAUGGAGAAGGAGAAGGAACGAGCCCGCUUGGCGGGGGUCAUCCAGGCCGAGCCGUCAGCGGCGGAGGGGGCGAUCCGCAAAGUAUGGCAGAAGAGGAAGUGCGGCGUGAAGUACGGCUGUCUGACCAUCUCCCACAGCACGAUCAACCGUCCCCCCGUCAAGCUGAACCUCCUCACCUGCCAA